CAGACAACGGUCAGCAAAAAAGAGAUUCUCACGUUAUCUCCCCGCCUCCCUCCUCCAUGACCCGCUUCGGCGACUUUGCUCCUCUGUGCCACCAUACCCCUUCUUACCCAUGGUGCAACCUUUUUUACCGCUUCCUCCUCGAUAAUUCUCCGGAUACCCUACAGAACAGAGGCAGCGAUGAUCCAGUCGGUGUCAAUCCAGUUUGCGGUAUUCCAAGGGUAGGCACCGAUGGCAGCAUCAGCAACAUUGCACAAGUCGUUGUAUGUGCGCUCAGCAUGGUCUUCGUCGCCUUGCUCAUUUUCCUCACCGACCGUCGCAAAGCCGCAGUCGGCCGAGUCGAGCUUCGCUUCCUGCUCUUUCUCUAUUUUCUCACUCUACCCUUCUCAAUGUUGACCCAAGGUUCCCUGCUCGAGCAGGGCACGACCGCGCUGGUCGUACUCACAGCCAUCCAUGCAGGGCUUGUCGCUGCCCUAUUCGCUGCCCUCCUUGCCAACGCCAUCGUCGCAACGCAGGUCGUCGAGGACGGCACCAUGGCGUCCAUCAUGCCCUUCACCAUCCUCACACUGGCAUUUUUCGUAGCUACCCUCUAUAUAUCCCUCGAUGUCGCUCUCACCUUCUCCAACGCACUCAAGCCAUCCGACCCACCGGCAUCCUUACAUUCUAUACCUCUAUUUGUCUUCACCACCAUAUGGCCCGGAGUAUGUGCUGUUAUCUUCUUUGCCUUGAUGGCGUACAUUGUACUUGCCGUGCUCAAUGAGACACGUCCCAUGUGGUUCUACAUCCUCGCCGCAGUCCUCUUCGUGCUUUCCCAGCUUGCGUGGUUUUUGUUGGGGAGAGUUAUUUGCAGUGGGAGCAACGCCAAGGUCGACGGCAGCUUCAUCGCUACGCUCCUUGAGACCGCUUGUAUAGGUGUUCUCUAUCUGGCGUGGAGAAGUAUAACCGAAGAAUCGUGGGACGAUGGCACGUAUUACCCGUCAUGAUUUUCGGCACCGUCACUUCCCUUGACUGUAUUCCUAUCCCAUCGUUGCUGUCGAUAUCACGCUUUUGAAAAGGGCGCGUACCGUCCAUGUACAAUCGGUUCUGUGCUUGGAAGCAUGUACUUAUUUACAUAUAUGCCCUAGGUGUACUUACAUCCGUGCAUACGUACUACAAGACACAGUGGCUGCUUUGUAUGCACCUUGUACGCACCUACUCGAAUCCUUUGAUGUAUAUAAGUUCCGUAAUAACGACUUGCAGACUAUUUAUACCACUCGUACAUGACCCUUCUCGUCGUUUUCCUCCAUGUUUCUGUAGCGUUUUCCAUCUCUCACAUCGGAUGACAGUUGCCUAGCGCGGGAAUAUGAUGCAUAUACUAGAAAUUCAUGAACAG